AGCUGCUGAUGAUGCAGCAAGUGUGCUUUGGGAGCAACACUCGGGACUCGCACUCGCAGCAAAAUUGGACUCAUCACUGCCACUCAAAUGCGCAUUCGUAGCUGGCACUUCACCUCCUUUUCCUCAUCCCAUCGCUCUUUCGCAACCAUCACAAGUUUGCUUGGACAGCCAUCGUGCCCUCCUCGCGCGCACCUUCGUACACAAAGCAUCCGCAGGCUCACAACAUCCAGGAAGCGCUGCAGCGCGCAGUUUCAAAUCUAGUGAAUCUUCUUGCUCUUUAUCAACAGGCUAGGGCGCAUUCACCUCCGCCAUCUCACUGCCGAUACAAACAUGAGUCAAUUACCAACCACGCCGCUCAUCAGCUCGUCCGGAAUGCCAUCACACGCCGGUCAAACAGUGCGGGUCAUUGGCAAAAUCACAAGUAUCGCGGGAUCGCAAGUGCACAUUCAGACUUCGGAUCAGGGUUUGGUCGAGGUGGUGCUGAAUAGGGAGACUGAGCUGCACCCCGAGGGCUACGUCGAGGUGGUGGGCAAAGUCAGCGAGGAUGGUAGCACUUUGAGAGAAUUUAGCUGCGUUCACUUUGGUCAUGAUAUUGACAUGAAAUUGGUCGACGAAGUCGUCUCCUUGUCACCCAACUUUCCUCGACUCUUCACGGACGAAUCAGCCAUGCAACAUUAGUCGCAUGGUCGGAGCUACAUCAGUGCGCUCGUGUUGCAACCAAUUUACACGUGGUCCGCACAUUGUCCUGAGAAAGCUGGCCUGGAUAGAUGGACUGAUCGUAGUUGUGCAGCUGCACCACAUUGACUAGACACAGUAAGCCACGCACGCCUCUAAAAGCGCUUUUGAGAAUCAUGGCAUUUGUUGCCUGCCACG